CUCAGACAAAAAUUGACAAACCGGGUUAAACAUAAGCUAAAAAUAGGCGACGGCCACUUAAUCACCGCCGUUUAUUCCUUGGAGUAGAUAUUUUCCGUUGUGGGCGAUAUUAAAGUUGGAGAAAACAAGAAAUGGCUCACCACUCCGACGAUUUAGACCUACUUCUUGACACCGCUUUGGAUGAUUUUCAGAGCCUUAAUCUCGCAUCUUCUGCUCAAAGAUGUGUAGAUGAUAAUGGUAAUAAUGGAGGGAACAAGGUAGAGGGUUGUACAUUGACUAGUGGGAAUGUUCAAGGGUUAGGAAUGGGGUUACCUGAUUUGAAGACCAAGAAAAAGGGUAAACAAAAGGUACCACCACCGCCGACGAAGCAAGAAUCACACAUCACGGAUGCACUUGAUCAGUUGAGGGAGCAAACUAGGGAGGCGGUGAAAGGCUUGGAAUCGGUGUCUGGGCCUCGACCCCCGGUGGCUGGAGAUGGCUUCGGUGCAGACCCAAUGAUGGAGGAUUGGGUCAAGCAGUUUGAGGAGCUUGCAGGCACACAGGAUAUGGAGUCAAUUGUAGAAACCAUGAUGCAACAGCUCCUAUCCAAGGAAAUCCUGUACGAACCUAUGAAAGAAAUAGGUGAACGCUACCCAACAUGGUUGGAAAAGAAUAUAUCUGAACUGACACAUGAAGAGUACACCCGAUAUUCGAAUCAAUACAAGUUUAUUAAAGAUCUGAAUCAAGUGUAUGAAGCCGAGCCUGAAAACUUCAACAAGAUUGUUGAGCUUAUUGCAGAAAAUGCAAGGAGCUUGCCCCCAGACUUUGAUCUAUCGAAUCUCGGACAAUUGUCUCCAGAAAUGUUGGAGUCUCAACAGAAUUGUCGCAUCAUGUGAGAGAAGAUGCAAGUGUUGAGAAGUUGCAAGUUAUGAAAUAUAGGCAUGCCCUCACAUUAAUGUCUUCUACUGCUCAACCAAGAGUGACCGCACUUUAUUUAUUCUGUCUCAGUUAGGAUACUACAACCACUUGCCCAGCUCACGGGCAUCAGUAACACAAACUCCUUUUAAAGCGUGGCGACAUCACCAACC